AUGGCAGACCACUAUUCCCAGACUCUCUCGUUAGAUAUUGGAAGCAGAGAUGACCUUUCCUCUGCAUUGGAGUGCUUACAAACGAUAGUGGAAUCGAACCAGAGAUCGACGCUUCCUCGGAAUCUUCGAAUUCGGAGCAAAGCCUACAAUGAAACGGGGGCACGUCAACAUGAGGACACUUUGGUUUGGGUAUUGUUUAGUGGGACGUACUUGGGAGACAGGCAAUGGGGUUGUUGGCCUCUCGUCAGUCUUACAGUGGAAGACCUGCUGUUUGAGAUCCCGGUCACUGCCCUGUCUCUCAUUCUACAGCAGACACGAAAUACCCUCGUCAGUCUUCAUCUUUGCAACGUUUAUCUGCAAGGGGAUCACGGGGAGGCUCUCGCAGAAGCUAUAAAGGAUCACCCUAUCCUGGAAAAGAUAUUUUUGAAGGAUCUAGAGCUGACGUUUACUGGACUGUGUGACCAGGAAGGGUUCCGGGACUUUAUUCGGUUUCUAUCUACCUGCCCCCAACUGACAUCUGUGAGCUUAGACAUCAGAAUACCCCGAGGACAGCGCCUUGAAUCGUUCUGUGUCGCCCUGGAAGAACUAUGGUCAUUCUCCUCGAGCUUGAAGCAUCUGUCAGUGCAACAGCCAUUCCAUGUUCUCAAGGGUAUACGACAGGUUGUCCACAACAUCAGAAGAAGAAGACCACCAAGCUGGUUGGAAGUAAACCGAUAUGGUCAAAGUUUUCUCAGAACACAAAGAACCAUACAUACAAUCAUUAACUCAUUGGCUACAAAUAGCACGUUGGAAAGCCUUUCCCUGGCCGUUUGGAGGCACAAUUUACUCUCGUUUGCGGAAGCUUUGAAACACAACCGUACGCUCCGCCGACUGGAGCUGCAUUUGGAAGAACAGAAUCUGAGAGGCGUACCGGAAAUGCCACCAUGUGUUGCCAUGUCGUUUGCCAAGGCGCUCAAAGACAACGAUACCCUCGAGUACCUUGUGAUUCACGGUGACGAAAGUGUGCUCACCGCGAACAAGGUCUUGCAGUUGAAUCUGGCAAUCAACAGAGCAGGUCGCAAGCGCUUGCUUAAUGGCAUGGCUUCCUACCAAGAAUGGAUAGAGACCAUCAUCGCAAACCGAGACAAGUUGGAUAUUGUCUUCUUCUUCUUGGCCGUGAAUCCAGCAGUUCUGCUCGUGCCCUUGCAGCGAAUACCUCGUCGACGAUCCCUGCUCAAGUUAAAGUACUGA